ACAAGAUCACUGCCUGCUAAGUGCUAACUCAAGGGUUCAACUCUCUUUCGCUUUCAAGGGUUUCGAGGAGGUCGAGGCUAUGUUGAGGACGUCUCUAAACACAUCUGUAAGGAACAAGAAGCGUAUCAAAACCAACGUGGGCAGAGAUAGGAUAAGCGACCUGCCAUGUGAUGUGUUAGUUCGGAUCCUCACUCAUCUCUCUACCAAGGAGUCCGUUGGCACUAGUUAUUUCAAUCGCCGUUGGGAGAAUCUCUGGUCAGAAGUUCCUGUUUUGGAUUUGCAUUUCAGUGACUUCAUAGAUACUAAUUUCGAGUUGCUCGACUUCAUAGAUUACUUCUUGGAUUCUAAGCCGCCUUCUUUAAAGUUGGACACGUUCAAGUUGGUCUAUGAUGUUGUUAAUGGGCACUCUCAUGAGCCUUUUGUGUCUACGUUAGACGAAGUGGUUAGGCGUGGAGUCUCUCAUCUCACUCUUAUCAACAUGGUCAGUAAUGAUGCAGCCUUAGUUAGGAUGCCUCUCUCCCUCUAUUCAAGCUCCACAUUGGUGGACUUGAAUCUCUACACUGUUGUCUUCGAUGAUCCAGGAGCUGAAUCGGUCUCGUUACCUCGUGUCAAGAUUAUGCAACUGGAGGGGGUCAAGUUUGAUGGCGGUGACGUUUUCAAGAAUCUCAUAUCAAGCUGUCCGGUUCUUGAGGAGUUAACAGUGGUUACGCAUUAUCAAGAUGAUCUUGAACUUGUGUGUGUUCAGUCGCAGUCACUGAAAACCUUCACAUUGAUGUCAGAGCGUCCCAAGGAAGAAGAACGAGAUCCCGAUGUUGUAAUCGAUGCUCCGAGACUCGAGUAUAUGAGUAUCAGUGAUUUCCAGCCUGAGGGCUUUAUCAUAAGCAAUAUUGGUCUCUCAGCAGAAGCAGACGUCGAUAUUGUGUUUGAGGACGUUGACCUUUACGAGUAUUUGGAUGUUAUGAAGAUCUGCAACUUCCUUAUUGGGAUAUCCAAGUUUCAAGAACUGACAAUCUCUGCCCGAACAUUACAUGUCAUCCAUGAAUACUCCGAGGUGACAACGUUGCCCAAAUUUCAUAAUUUGUCUCGAUUGGAAGUUUUGCUAAUCGAAUCUUCUUGGGAAUAUUUAGCAGCCUUUCUGGGAUGCUGCACGAACCUAAACUCGCUGAUUCUGGAACUUGACCACAUACCAGAGAUAGAGGAGAUUGAACUUUCACCAGUGCCUCAAUGUGUCUUAUCCUCUCUCCACUCUCUUCAUCUGAAGACACCACAGACACCAAGUAAAAAGGUACUUGUAUCAUAUUUUAGGGAAAACUGUACUGCCUUGAGGAAAAUUCUUGUAACUGGGCGUGAGUAACAUCAUCAAGAAAAGCAAAAGUACUCCAAGGAGACACUACUGUAAUGUUGUUAUGCAUGCUUACAUUAUAUUGUCUCUUAUAACUUCAGUUUACCUUUCCUACAGUUACUGUAAUAAUACUUUCCAGAUAUGUUUGUUGACAUGGUUUUAUGUAAUGUUUGUUGACCUUGUUUUUUCUAGUGGAUGUUAAAUCAAUUA